UCCGCGCCGGUAAAGGGGCCGCUCGAAGCGCGGUCCGAGCCAUCUACUGCCGCCAGCCUGCAGGCCCUCCAGGCUAGCCGCACGCCCCUUCCCCGCCCGUCGCCGUCACCAGGGAAACGGGUCCAGACCGCCUGCCGACCCAAAGCUGGUUUCAUGGCAUCCUCGAAGAAAGCAGUUUUGGGGCCCUUGGUGGGAGCAGUGGACCAGGGCACCAGCUCGACGCGCUUUCUGGUUUUCAAUUCAAAAACAGCCGAACUACUUAGUCAUCAUCAAGUGGAAAUAAAACAAGAGUUUCCAAGAGAAGGGUGGGUGGAGCAGGACCCUAAGGAAAUUCUGCAGUCUGUCUAUGAGUGUAUAGAGAAAACGUGUGAGAAACUCGGGCAGCUCAAUAUUGAUAUUUCCAACAUAAAAGCUAUUGGUGUCAGUAACCAGAGGGAAACCACCGUAGUCUGGGACAAGUUAACUGGAGAACCUCUCUACAAUGCUGUAGCUGCUCCAGUUUCUCCUGGUCCUUCAGAUCCAGCUGCCGUUGUUCCCUCUGGCUCUUCAGUUCCAGCUGCUGGCACUUGCUCAGUGUGGCUUGACCUAAGAACCCAGUCUACUGUUGAGAGUCUUAGUAAAAGAAUCCCAGGAAAUAAUAACUUUGUCAAGUCCAAGACAGGCCUUCCACUUAGCACUUAUUUCAGUGCGGUGAAGCUUCGUUGGCUCCUUGACAAUGUGAGAAAAGUUCAAAAGGCUGUUGAAGAAGAUAGAGCUCUUUUUGGGACCAUUGAUUCAUGGCUUAUUUGGAGCUUGACAGGAGGAGCCAGUGGAGGUGUCCAUUGUACAGAUGUAACAAAUGCAAGCAGGACGAUGCUUUUCAACAUCCAUUCUUUGGAAUGGGAUAAAGAGCUCUGCGAAUUUUUUGAAAUUCCAAUGAAAAUUCUUCCAAAUGUCCGGAGUUCUUCAGAGAUCUAUGGCCUAAUGAAAAUCUCUCAUAGCCCGAAAGCUGGGGCCUUGGAAGGUGUGCCAAUAUCUGGGUGUUUGGGAGACCAGUCUGCUGCAUUGGUGGGACAAAUGUGCUUCCAAGAUGGACAAGCCAAAAACACGUAUGGAACAGGCUGCUUCUUACUAUGUAACACAGGCCGUAAGUGUGUAUUUUCUGAACAUGGCCUUCUGACCACAGUGGCUUAUAAACUCGGCAGAGAUAAACCUGUAUAUUAUGCAUUAGAAGGUUCAGUAGCUAUAGCUGGUGCUGUUAUUCGCUGGCUUAGAGACAAUCUUGGAAUUAUAAAAAGCUCUGAGGAAAUUGAAAAACUUGCUAAAGAAGUAGGUACUUCUUAUGGCUGCUAUUUCGUCCCAGCAUUUUCGGGGCUGUAUGCACCUUAUUGGGAGCCUAGUGCAAGAGGGAUCAUCUGUGGGCUCACUCAGUUCACCAAUAAAUGCCAUAUUGCUUUUGCUGCAUUAGAAGCUGUUUGUUUCCAAACUCGAGAGAUUUUGGACGCCAUGAACCGUGACUGUGGAAUUCCACUCAGCCAUUUGCAGGUAGACGGUGGAAUGACCAACAACAAAAUCCUUAUGCAGUUACAAGCAGACAUUCUGUAUAUUCCAGUAGUGAAGCCAUCCAUGCCCGAGACAACUGCCCUGGGAGCUGCCAUGGCUGCAGGGGCUGCAGAAGGGGUUGGCGUCUGGAGUCUGGAGCCUGAGGACUUGUCGGCUGUCACAAUGGAGCGAUUUGAACCUCAGAUCAACGCUGAGGAAAGUGAAAUUCGUUAUUCUACAUGGAAGAAAGCUGUGAUGAAAUCAAUGGGUUGGGUUACAACUCAGUCUUCAGAAAGUGGUGACCCUAGUAUCUUCUGUAGUCUACCCUUGGGCUUUUUUAUAGUGAGUAGCGUGGUAAUGUUAAUCGGAGCAAGGUACCUCUCAGGUAUGCCGUAAAUACUACCAGCUCAUGGAUUCCAAAGAUGCGAGCUCUUUACCUAUGGAGAGAGUCCAGUGAUUCUGUCUCUUAAUGUGAUGACACUAUUCAUAGACUGAUUUUAUUUAUAAGCCACUUGCUGCAUGAUCCUCCAAGUAGACCUGUGGCUUGAAAUAAAGAAAAUGCAGCAGAAAGAAUGCUAUAGAAACAUUUGGUGUGUUUUUUAACAGCACUAGUUAAGAUUGGACCAGCCACCUUUGGGGCUGACCCCCUCUUUUGCAAUCAUUUCCUGCCUCAUUCCCUGUAAGAUCUAGGAAGAAUUCAGAUCCUGUUCAUUGGAAUUUUUUUAUCACAUAUAUUCAGACUCUGAUGGGCCAGGAUUUGAUUCCUGCACUACACACACUUCAUUAAGGGGCUAUUACUAAUCGGCUAAAAAUCUGUGAUUUUUUGUUUGCUUCUUUUUAACAGACUCCCCUACCCAAAGUCCUCUUUUCUGCUUAUUAGG